CUUUACUCCAUCCUAUCUGAGCUACCGGCUGGGCGUAACACCCACCACCAUUCUAGUCUACCCAGUUGGUUUCGAGGAACCGCUGACAGACCGCGCACAGUAUCGUGUUCCCCCUGACAAAUUUAUUUGUCACUUUCGACGGUUCCUCACGAGUUCUAUUCGCAAUGGCAGUGCGAGAGGAAUGCGUUUACCAGGCAAAACUCGCAGAGCAGGCCGAGCGAUAUGACGAGAUGGUGUUGUAUAUGAAGAAUGUAGCCGGCAUGGAUGUGGAGCUCACAGUAGAGGAGAGGAACCUACUAUCAGUGGCUUACAAGAAUGUGAUUGGUGCCAGGAGAGCUUCCUGGAGGAUAAUCAGUAGCAUUGAACAGAGGGAUGAGAGCAAGGGUGAAGAAGAAAAACUGAAGAUGGUCCGGGAUUACAGAAAAACGGUUGAAGAAGAACUUAAAUCAAUCUGUGGUGACAUUUUGGAGGCAUUGGACAAGCACCUUGUCCCAUCUGCGGUCGCUGGAGAGUCGAAAGUCUUCUACAACAAAAUGAAAGGUGACUACCACAGGUACCUGGCAGAGUUUGCCACAGGCAAUGGCAGAAAGGAAGCAGCUGAGAAGAGCCUGGUGGCCUACAAAAAUGCUACUGAUCUUGCUACGGCAGAGCUGCCACCCACGCACCCCAUUCGCCUUGGUCUCGCGCUCAACUUCUCCGUCUUCUAUUAUGAGAUCCUCAAUUCGCCUGAUCGUGCUUGCAGGUUGGCGAAGGCUGCAUUUGAUGACGCGAUCGCAGAAUUGGACUCGCUGAGUGAAGAUAGCUACAAGGACUCCACACUUAUUAUGCAGUUGUUACGUGACAACCUGACACUAUGGACUUCAGAUAUGCAGGGAGAAGGAGAGGAACAGAACAAAGAAGCGCUGCAAGAUGUGGAGGAUGAAGCACAGACUUAAAGACGACUUUGCCACUAACAGCCAGCGACUGGUGACCCCCAAACACCCAUCAAUUCACCCAACCGCUCACACUCCUUGACUUCUUUAUUUUUCCCUCCUUCCUUUUCCCACUCUUGUUUUCAGCCUCUGCUCUUGCAGGACCCAACAGGGCCCUGGAGUUGAUAACCUAUUUUUUAUUUUAUUUUUUUUCAUGUUUUUUUUUUUUUUUUUUUUUUUUUUUUAAUAUUAGUCCUUACACCAUUUGCAGAAAAUACCACUUCAUUCAGUCAGGAAGUACAAAGUUGGAGAGACAAAGAGAAGCCCCUGGGUUUUGUUUUGUUUGUAUUUUUUUUUUUUUUUUGCUCUGGUACAAGCGGUUCUGAAAUGUUAUCAAUGUUGUUUUGUUUUUCUGUUGCUUUUCCUCACUAUUUUUAUCAGUUGCUGGAUGUAUUGAGAAUCUUUCUUAAUGUAAUUACAGAAAUUAACUUUUAUUACUGAAGAUGUUGACUAUUAGUUAAUGGGAGGUAUUUUAUCUUUGUUUUUAGUGAAUCAGUGCAACUUUUUCAUGGGCACUUUGGAGAACAAGUGUCUUUUUUUUUAAUGUUAGUAUUUCAGAGGACGUUGGCAACAUUUGCGAUAU